GCAGCCUGAUGGCAAGAGAGACCAUCCCCUCCUGCCUGACACCCCGCUCCUGUGUGGAGCACAUUCAUGGUUGUCACCCCGGUGCUGCCUGGGGACCAGCUCUUCACGCUCAGCAGUUACAGCAGGAGCCAGGCUGCUGGGAAACAGUGGAUGUGUGGCCUGGGGGACCUUGGAGCACUUUUCCUCACUCAGUCCCAGACUCACAGGGAUCCGCACAUGUACCUGCACACACACACAUACACACACACCACACAUCACACACACUCAUUCACACACACAUACUCAUUCACACACACACCACACACACUCAUUCACACACACACCACACAUCACACACAUUCAUUCACAUUCACACUCGUACACACCACACACACGCUCAUUCACUCAUACACACACACCACACAUCACACACAGCACACAUCACACACAUUCACUCACAUUCACACUUGUACACACCACACACAUGCUCAUUCACACGCACACCACAUCACACACUUUCAUUCACUCACACUCACAUACCACACACACCACACACAUCACACAUGCUCGUUCACUCACACCACAUAUCACACACUCGUUCACACUCAGCACACAUCACACAUGCUAAUUCAGUCACAUUCACUCACACUCACCACACACCACACACAUCACACAUGCUCAGUCACAUUCACUCACACACACCACACAUCACACUCACUCACACUCACCACACACCACACACAUCACACAUGCUCAGUCACAUUCACUCUCAUCACCACACAUCACACACAUUCACUCACAUUCACACUCACACACUUGCUUACACACACUGACUCACUCACUCGUACUCAGCUCGCACACACUUGCAGCCAAGAUAGGGCUUAUGUCAUAGGACCAGGGGGACUCCAGGUGGGAGGGGGGUUCCCUGGCUGGGUGUCCUUGAGGGAAAGUUGCACUUCACAGCUGUGGCCUGCAGCCAGAGAGGACAAAGACUGUGGAAGGUCAUUCAGCCUGUCGGGUGGGCCAGGGCUGGAUGGCAGAGCUGUGCCCCCCAUAACCCCGGGCUCCCAGCUCAUUUACCCGCUGUUCUCCCGCCUCUGCUUCCCUUCAGGAUGGCACCGCCAGGCCUGGGACACUGGUGCCCCAGAGCCCAGGCCUGGAGGGGCCCCUUGCAGGUGUGUGCCCAAUGCCAAGGGCGUGACUGUGGCUCUGGGGUGGCCCCGCCUGAGGACCCUACCCCAGAGACUGGUUCCCCAACCUGCACCCAGAACUGCAGUCCCUUGGCGGGCAGGAGUCCCUCCCACCCCUGCCGUGGCCUGAGCGGUUCCCCAGCCAUGUCCUGGGCGGUGAGGAGAUGAACCAGACAGCCCUCUGCAGAAGGCCUGCCCUGAACGCCCCAGCUG